CAUUUCCAAGCUUCUAGCUCAACUUCAUGGAACACAGUAAAAAGCAGAAAGCAGGCAGAAAGGAGAAAGAGAGCCAAAGAGGAGCAAGCAGUCUGUGGGGAGGGGAAGAGGUUAGGGCUUUGCUCGUGGUGUGGAGGGAAAGAGAGGCCUGGGACGAGCCUGAGAGCAAAGCCAAGUAUAAGGCCAUCUCCAGUCGUCUGAGUGAGCUGGGAGUGUGCAGGAACUGGCUGAGCUGCCAGGCACAAAGCAGGGCGAUGGCACUACCAGACUGGAGGCCUCCAGCCAUCCGGACAUUGAUGGAUGGCACCACAAUGACCCAAAGAUCUUACGAGAUGGAUGAAGAACAGACGAGUCCUUCCAACAGGAGACAAGGCAGCGCUUCUCUGAACAACUUUCAGGAGGGUAUGGACGGAGGGAGGCACUGGUCUGAUAAAGAGGUCCGGGCUCUCCUUAACAUCUGGGCUGAUCGGGAAAUGCAGGUGCGGCUGCAGAGCACCCAUCGAAACAAGGCAAUCUUCCAGGAGAUGGCCCGCCGUCUGGACCUCCAGCAUGGAGUGGUGCGCGACUGGAGACAGUGUCGCACUAAAUACAAGAACCUCAAAUAUGACUACAAGGUCAGCAAGAGCCAAGGGCGACCUAUGCGCUUUUUUACAGAAGUGGAUGCAAUCCUGCAGGGCAAGGACAUUGAGGAUUUUCUUGACGAGGAGGAGGAUUUUCCCAGGAAAGGGACGGAGGGAGAGCAGGCCACUGUGAAAAGAGAACCAAGAGAAGCUCAUUAUAUUAAGAUUGAUGAUGAUGAGAGUCUGGCAGAUAUGCAAACAAUAAUUAAUACCGGUUCUCAGCAUCUCAUCACAAAAGAUACAGGUUUAACCAUAUCACCAGGGACGAGAAAGCCGUCUGACGAGGAGAACGUGAUCAUGGUCCAUGACUCGGGCCGUAAUUGGUCUGAGGAGGAAGUGGCGGCGCUGCUCAACAUCUGGUCAAAGGAAGGAAUCCAACAGCAGUUGCGAGGCUCGACCCGAAACAAGGAUGUGUUCGUGCAAAUAUCACGCCAACUCCUUCAGCAGGGUGUGGAGAGGGACUGGAAGCAGUGCCGGACCAAAUACAAGAAUCUGAAAUAUCUGUAUCGGUCCUUGCAAAGGGGCAAGGCUGAUAUAGGAGACACUCGGCGUAUCAUGAAGUUCUACGAGCAGCUAGAAAGCAUUCUGUCGCCGCCAACCCAGGGCCAAUAUAGAAACUUAGUGAUGUGCAGUCCCCCCGCAUUAGACGAGCACUCCAUCUGUGAAAUACCUGCUCAGGAGGACAGAGAUAUCGUUUCUCCCGAGUAUGACCUGCAGACCAUGGACGAUGCCAUUUUAAGAAGGUCGCCAGGCAUUACCACAAGAGCGUUUCACAAUGAGGCUAGAACUGAUGGAGUUUUAAGGCCAGAUGAACUCACUAGAGAUGAAUAUGAAAGUGAAGACCGGUUAAACGGCGUUUUGGUGAGGCCAAAAGACGGAGUUCUGACAAGAUACGAAGAACAGCCUUUGUCCAGCCGCUCGAUCACAGCAGAUGGCACAGAUACAACAUGCAGAGAAAGAGAGCUUGCCGGGUCGAGGAGAGGAAAAAAGCGCAAGGCCACAGAUGAAGACUACAGUGAGUUCAACAAAAGGUUUCAGGAGUGUAUUGAUGACGGAAACCGCAGCACAGACUGGUCUGAGCAUGCUGAUCAUCAGUGCAAAGAGGAGCAGGAUCAAUACAUCCCGAUUAUGGAGAUCAGCUCUGUGCGCUCGAUCGCCGAGGCCAACGAUAACCUGGAUCACGGAGCUGUAACUGAAAUGGCGUCGACAUCAGAUCUGAAGCUCGGCAAAAAGCUCAAUGAGGGCAAGACCAAGCAGAUCUUUGAGCUGCCGGAUAUGCCGGGCCAGGUUCUGGUCCAGUCCAAGGACCAGAUCACUGCAGGCAACGCAGUGAGGAAAGACCAGAUGGAGGGCAAGGCAGCCAUCGCCAACAAAACCACCAGUUGCGUCUUUAAGCUCCUGCAAGAAGCUGGAAUCAAGACGGCGUUUGUAAAGCAGCAUUCGGAGACAGCGUUCAUAGCCAGCCGCUGCGAGAUGAUCCCCAUCGAGUGGGUGUGCAGACGCGUCGCCACCGGCUCGUUCCUUAAAAGGAAUCCAGGUGUCAAAGAAGGCUAUCGCUUCGCACCACUGAAGAUGGAGAUGUUUUUCAAGGACGAUGCCAAUAAUGACCCUCAGUGGUCCGAGGAGCAGCUGUUGGCAGCUGCUUUUGAGCUGGCAGGGUUGAAGAUUGGCCGAUGUGAGGUGGACAUUAUGAGUAAGAGCACAGUGGCCAUCUUUGAGAUCCUGGAGAAGGCAUGGGCCACCCAGAACUGCACGUUGGUGGAUAUGAAGAUCGAGUUUGGUGUAAAUGCGACCACCAAGGAAGUUGUGCUUGCUGAUGUGAUCGAUAAUGAUUCGUGGAGACUGUGGCCGGCUGGAGAUCGCAGCCAACAGAAGGACAAACAGGUAUAUCGUGAUCUAAAAGAGGUGACGCCUGAGGCCAUGCAGAUGGUCAAGAGGAACUUUGAAUGGGUUGCUGAAAGAGUGGAGCUGCUCCUGGAGCCACAGGCGAGCGGAAGAGUCGUUGUAAUGAUGGGCUCUACAUCUGACAUGGCUCACUGUGAGAGGAUUCGUAAAGCUUGCGGGUCAUAUGGAAUCCUCUGCCAUCUCCGAGUCACCUCCGCACACAAAGGCCCUGACGAGACAUUCCGCAUUAAAUCUGAAUACGAAGGUGAUGGCAUCCCCACCGUUUUUGUAGCCGUUGCAGGGAGGAGUAAUGGUUUGGGUCCGGUGAUGUCCGGGAACACGGUUUACCCUGUUAUAAACUGUCCUCCUGUCACCUCUGACUGGGGAGCUCAGGACAUCUGGUCAUCUUUACGCAUGCCCAGUGGUCUGGGCUGUUCAACGGUUUUGUCUCCAGACUCAGCUGCCCAGCAUGCCGCUCAGGUCCUAGGCCUGACUGAUCACCUGGUGUGGGCCAAACUGCGUGCCUCCAUGCUCAACACUUGGAUCUCCCUGAAGCUGGCUGACAAGAAGCUUCAGCAGUGCAGCAUCUGAACACACAUCACUUCAAUUUCCUCUGAACCAUUCCAGCUGAUUAACCAUUCCAUUACUCAUUACUGCAUACAGCGUUUGUUUACAGAUGAAUCAGGGCUUGUGAUCUAGUGCCGAGUCUAAAUAAUCUCAUUUGUAGAUAAAACUAAUAAAUAGAUUUACAGAAAAUGAAAUCGAUUCUGAUUAACUGUGUUGUAUGAAGAAUCAUGCUGGCUUCGAGUUUAUUGUUAAUUAUGGGGAAUUUAGUUUGUAUUAAAGGUCCCAUAUUUGACUAUUUCUGUAGCAUGUUAACAAAGGUCUCUAAGACAUUUUUUAAAUGUUUUUUUUUCCCUUAUAGCUGAUUAGUUUUGAUUGAAAUAAGCUCAAUUUUUCUGUCAAUGCAAAAAUAACAUGCAAUAAAAAACGAAUGUUUCAUCCACUAGACAUCAAAUUAUAAACCGGCAAUUACAUAAUCUCAUUGCUUUUCAAUACUCUUUUGUCCAUCUGUCAACAAGCUUUUAUAUUCCCCUAUUAAAAAAAUGUUUUAGGCUGAACUGCGAGCCACAAAUCCACAAAAGUGAAUCCUUGUUUUCAAAGUGUUGCUUUCAGGAUGUAAGUUUGAAUAAGCAAGAUAUUCGCGCUAAAGGGGGGAUGCUUUAACACCAUAAAAGAAAAUGUUUGCAGUGUUGACAGUGUAAGCAAACGUGCGCAGAAGGGCAUCGUCAUGCAAGAUCACCAUGGAAGGCAGUCCGCUAAAUUUAAUCCGUAGUUUGGGCUUUAACUCUUCAACAAGCAUCGCACUGCAAUAAACACUGUUGAUUGUCGAACCUCUUUUCUGAUUAUGUUCCAAUACUGGCCCUUGAGAAUCCCAGAAAACUGUUAGCACUAAUUGUCCAGCUGAUUAUUGACUUUUGGGCUUUUUUCUCG